AAGCUCAAGUUUAUUUUUAAGCCACAGCUGUCAUACUCAGUCUGAGUCUCGCACUGAGUCCUGAUCCCACGCGAAGAACGUGGCGGGUUGCAGAUCUCCCACGCAGCAUGAUUUUGCGAGUUCAGCUUCGACAGGGGAUUAAAACUAUUCGUUAUAAGCCAGUCAGGAAAUCAAGGGAUGGCCGAGCACUCGCAGGGAAUACUUAUUUGAACGAGGCUUUCCGGUGUGGAAACUCAAUAUCUCCCCCCUGCACCGGCUCGAAUUUCGCCCGAAUUGGGGUUCUAUUCACUAUGUCCGCAGUCACGCCAGCUACCGGGGCUCUUCUAGCCAAGACUCUUACUUCGCCCGCCGCCCUUGGAUUUGUCCCCGUUGCUGCCCAGUUUCAUAUAUUCGAAAUCCUGGCCAGUAUCAAUAAACCCGCCGCAGGCGAAGAUGUUCUGGCUGCGUACAAGAGCACCCUUGGCAAUGGAGAUGCCACAGACCCGGUUCCUUGUAAGGUAUGCUCUACCCGUCGGGAUGAGACUUGAAACCACUGACCGUGUGCGAACGAACCCGAGCAGCCGUGGUUCUAGUUCGUAAGUUUCCAAAGGGGGGUUUCUUUCUUUUGCGGUCGCACUACUAACUCGAAGACAGAGGACGCUCUCUUCGCAAUGAGUGGUCUAGGCCUUGUAGAUCUCGUUGGAGAGGA